GUGUGUUCCUGGGUAUGCGCGUGUGCAUGUGUGUGGUGUGAGUGAGGAAGGGCUGGUGGCUUUUUUUCCCCCUGUAUUAAUCAGAAGCUCUGAAUGAAAGCCAAUCAGAGAGAGAGCUCCCCCGUUCGCUUCGCUUCCCUGCAGUCCAGAGUUAAAAGUGAUGCUGACGAAAAGCUUGAGUUAGAUUCAAGUAGAACCGGGCUUAGAAAAUUACAGCAGAAAAUAAACAAAAAGCGGAGAUAGUGGCACAAUCUUCGGCGUUAUUUGGGUUGGACGCUACUUCCUUCUCCAGAAGGAGAGUCAAAGACUGGGAAAUAUGAAUAAAAUAAUGAUUAACUGUUGGAAACCAAUUGGAUACCCCACCUACUAGAAACUCAUCAAAAAGCAAUCCAGAAGCACAUUGCUGCUCUCCUAUCAACCACAUCGUGACCUGUCAGCAAUUGGAUCACUAUGACAAUAUACCAAGUUAUACUAUUAUUUCUGCUCUGGGUGUGCCUGCCAAAUUUCUCCUCUACAGAGAUGUUGUUUAGAAGGACUUCUGAGCCCCAAACAAAAGUUGUAAGAGCACGCACAGCAGGGAGAGAUGGAAAAGUGCUGCACCGUCAAAAACGUGGUUGGAUGUGGAAUCAAUUUUUCUUACUUGAAGAAUAUACAGGAUCUGAUUAUCAAUAUGUAGGAAAGCUUCACUCAGAUCAAGAUAAGGGAGAUGGAUCACUCAAAUAUAUUUUAUCUGGAGAUGGAGCAGGCACUCUUUUUAUUAUUGAUGAGAAAACAGGUGACAUUCAUGCCACUAGGAGAAUUGAUAGGGAAGAAAAGGCCUUUUAUACCCUCCGUGCCCAGGCUAUUAACAGAAGAACUUUGAGGCCAGUGGAACCUGAGUCUGAGUUUGUCAUCAAAAUACAUGACAUUAAUGACAAUGAGCCAACAUUUCCAGAGGAAAUCUAUACUGCCAGUGUUCCUGAAAUGUCUGUUGUAGGUACUUCUGUGGUACAAGUCACAGCUACUGAUGCCGAUGACCCUUCAUAUGGGAACAGUGCCAGAGUCAUUUACAGCAUACUCCAAGGACAACCAUAUUUCUCUGUGGAGCCUGAAACAGGCAUCAUCAGGACUGCUCUGCCAAACAUGAACAGAGAAAACAGGGAGCAAUACCAAGUUGUUAUCCAGGCAAAAGACAUGGGUGGCCAGAUGGGUGGAUUAUCAGGGACUACUACAGUGAACAUCACGCUGACUGAUGUUAAUGACAAUCCACCUCGAUUCUCCCAGAACACUAUCCAUCUUCGUGUUCCUGAAUCUUCCCCAGUUGGCACAGCCAUUGGCAGUGUGAAAGCAACGGAUGCUGACACUGGAAAAAAUGCUGAAAUAGAAUAUAGAAUUAUUGAUGGAGAUGGAACUGAUAUGUUUGACAUCUUAACUCAGAAGGACACCCAGGAAGGCAUCCUUACUGUGAGAAAGCCUCUGGAUUAUGAAAGCAGAAGACUUUAUACUCUGAAGGUUGAGGCAGAAAACACUCAUGUGGAUCCACGUUUCUACUACCUUGGGCCGUUUAAAGAUACUACCAUUGUGAAAAUAUCUGUAGAGGAUGUGGAUGAGCCACCAGUUUUCAGUAGAUCCUCUUACUUAUUUGAAGUCCAUGAAGAUAUUGAAGUGGGUACCAUCAUUGGUACUGUGAUGGCAAGAGAUCCAGAUUCUGCUUCUAGCCCCAUUAGGUUUACCUUGGAUCGUCAUACUGAUCUUGACAGGAUUUUUAAUAUACACUCUGGAAAUGGAUCGAUUUAUACAUCAAAGCCACUUGACCGUGAAAUAUCUCAAUGGCACAAUCUUAGUGUUAUAGCAGCUGAGAUCAACAACCCAAAAGAGACAACUCGUGUAGCAGUUUUUGUCAGAAUUUUGGAUGUCAAUGACAAUGCUCCACAGUUUGCUGUGUUCUAUGAUACCUUUGUAUGUGAGAAUGCAAGACCUGGACAACUGAUACAGACUAUCAGUGCGGUGGAUAAAGAUGAUCCCGUAGGUGGACAGAAAUUUUUCUUCAGUCUAGCUGCUGUCAACCCAAACUUCACAGUCCAGGAUAAUGAAGAUAACACUGCUAGAAUUUUAACGAGAAAAAAUGGAUUCAGUCGGCAUGAAAUCAGUAGCUAUCUCCUGCCUGUCGUGAUCUCUGACAAUGAUUACCCAAUCCAAAGCAGUACUGGUACGCUCACUAUUCGAGUUUGUGCUUGUGACAGCCAAGGAAACAUGCAGUCUUGCAGUGCUGAGGCUUUGCUCCUUCCUGCUGGCUUAAGCACAGGGGCUCUUAUUGCCAUUCUCCUCUGCAUCAUCAUUUUGCUAGUUAUAGUUGUGCUAUUUGCAGCUCUGAAAAGACAGCGAAAGAAAGAGCCUCUCAUCUUAUCUAAAGAGGACAUCAGAGACAACAUUGUGAGUUAUAAUGACGAAGGAGGUGGAGAGGAAGACACCCAGGCAUUUGAUAUUGGUACUCUGAGGAAUCCUGCGGUUAUAGAAGACAAGAAGCUGCGACGAGACAUUAUUCCAGAAACGUUGUUUAUCCCACGGAGGACUCCUUCAGCUCCAGAUAACACAGAUGUCCGAGAUUUCAUUAAUGAGAGGCUAAAAGAGCAUGAUAUUGAUCCCACUGCUCCACCAUAUGAUUCACUCGCAACCUAUGCCUAUGAAGGAAAUGAUUCUGUAGCCGAAUCUUUGAGUUCACUAGAAUCAGGAUGUCACAUGGAGUAUAUACAGCAUUUUAUUUAAUCACUUCCAAGAGCCAAAGCUAUGGAAAUUCAGUGUUGUCCAUUUUAGUAAAUAAAAGAUACUUUCAGAAACUCGAACAGGAUAAGACUCCCUUAAGCAACUUCAUAUACAAGCCGCUUCUGUUAGGUACCUGUCCUGCCCUUGCAAGUGCAGCUUUUAAGGAGGUGAAGAAUUUUUUUAAAAAAUAUAUAUAAUAAACAUACAUAUAUCUAUAUAUCUCCUGUUCUGUACAUUACAAUUCCAAAAAAUGUACAUUUGGUGUUAGUAAGUGUGAUAUGCAGCUGGUAUACAAAACUUUGUGCAACUUCAUCUCAUCAAAUUCUAUCUGCUAAUGUUUUAUAUUUAUAUUUUUGUAUUUAUUUUUAAGAAAUAAACCAGUUUUUACAACUACUUUGCCUCCAAUUU